GCGUCCCGCCUCCUCCGCUCCCUGCGCUCCAGCCACCUCGGCAACUCGGCACCCGCCUCCCGCCUCCGUCCGAGGCCUCCACCGCAGUGAGGCUCCCAGCCUCACUCCUGUCUCUUUAAAUGGUGGGGCCAACCGGCCGCCCCUGCAGCUGCUGCCUGGGUGGCCCCGCGCGCCGCUUUUGAGGGGCGAACCAAGAUGGCGGCGGCUUUGGCUUCGUGAGGAAGACGGAAGAGGCGGCGGUGGCGGGAGAGGGGAAAGCGACUUCCAAUACCAGGGGCGCCCGGGCGGCCAAAGGCCUUCAGAGUCUUCCGGGAAGUGGUAGCAGUUGCAGCGGGAGCAGGCGCCCGUUGGCUUUGGACAUUUGAAGCAGGGGGAGCGGAGCGGAGCCCGCGGUGGCAGGGCCAGGUACAAGGAAGGAAAACAUGGCGGCGGCGGCGGCCUGAGGAGGCGGUAGAGACGCGGGAAGCGGUUUCGCGGAGAUCAUGGUGAAGGCGGGAGCAGGGCAGUGACCGAAACCUUGAGUUCCUAGCGCGGCGGGACAGGAGGCUACGAGGCGCUGCGCGCCCCCCUUGGGGCUGCUGGGCGGCCGGCCCCGCCGGGCCCGGACAAUAGCGCCGAGGAGUCGGAGGCGAGGAAAGGCGGCGGCCGGGAUCUCCGGCCCGGGAGCGGACCAUGCAGGCGGCGGCGCGGCCCCGAGGAGGCCAGCGGCGGCAGUGAGGUCGGGGAGCCCUCCGCUUGCGGGCGCCCUCCCGUCUCGGCUUCCGCCUCUCUUGGACCCCUUUGCUGGGCGUCUCCGGCGGUGCCCCUGCCCCGGAUACCGGACGGCACGAUGACCGACACCCGGCGGCGAGUGAAGGUUUACACGCUCAACGAGGACCGACAGUGGGACGACCGGGGCACCGGGCAUGUAUCGUCCGGCUACGUGGAGCGGCUGAAGGGCAUGUCCCUGCUUGUCAGGGCCGAGAGCGACGGUUCUCUACUUUUAGAGUCCAAAAUAAAUCCUAACACUGCAUACCAGAAACAACAGGAUACUCUGAUUGUGUGGUCUGAAGCAGAAAAUUAUGACUUGGCCCUUAGCUUUCAAGAAAAAGCUGGAUGUGAUGAAAUUUGGGAGAAAAUAUGUCAGGUUCAAGGGAAAGACCCUUCAGUGGACAUCACUCAGGACCUUGUGGAUGAAUCUGAAGAGGAACGUUUUGAUGAUAUGUCAUCGCCAGGUUUAGAAUUGCCAUCUUGUGAAUUAAGUCGUCUUGAGGAAAUUGCAGAACUUGUGGCAUCAUCUUUACCAUCCCCCCUUCGUCGCGAAAAACUUGCACUGGCACUGGAAAAUGAGGGUUAUAUUAAAAAGCUCUUAGAGCUUUUUCACGUGUGUGAGGAUUUGGAAAAUAUCGAAGGACUGCACCACUUGUAUGAAAUUAUCAAAGGCAUCUUCCUCUUGAAUCGAACUGCUCUCUUCGAAGUUAUGUUCUCUGAGGAAUGUAUAAUGGACGUCAUUGGGUGUUUAGAAUAUGAUCCUGCUUUAUCCCAGCCACGAAAACACAGGGAAUUUCUAACAAAAACAGCCAAAUUUAAAGAAGUAAUUCCCAUAUCAGAUCCUGAGCUGAAACAAAAAAUUCAUCAGACAUACAGAGUUCAGUAUAUACAAGAUAUGGUUCUGCCUACCCCUUCGGUUUUUGAAGAAAACAUGUUAUCAACACUUCACUCCUUUAUCUUUUUUAAUAAGGUAGAAAUUGUUGGUAUGUUACAGGAAGAUGAAAAAUUUCUGACAGAUUUGUUUGCACAACUAACAGAUGAAGCAACAGAUGAAGAAAAAAGACAGGAAUUGGUUAACUUUUUAAAAGAAUUUUGUGCGUUUUCCCAAACGCUACAACCUCAAAACAGAGAUGCGUUUUUCAAGACUUUAUCAAACAUGGGCAUCUUACCAGCUUUAGAAGUCAUCCUCGGCAUGGAUGAUACACAGGUGCGAAGUGCUGCUACUGAUAUAUUCUCAUACUUGGUUGAAUAUAAUCCAUCCAUGGUACGAGAGUUUGUCAUGCAGGAGGCACAACAGAAUGAUGAUGAUAUUUUACUCAUCAACCUCAUUAUAGAACAUAUGAUUUGUGAUACAGAUCCUGAACUUGGAGGAGCAGUCCAACUUAUGGGACUGCUUCGAACUUUAGUUGACCCAGAGAACAUGUUAGCCACUGCCAAUAAAACAGAAAAGACUGAAUUUCUGGGUUUCUUCUACAAGCACUGUAUGCAUGUUCUCACUGCUCCCUUACUAGCAAAUACAACAGAAGACAAACCUAGUAAAGAUGAUUUUCAAACUGCUCAACUAUUGGCACUUGUAUUGGAAUUGUUAACAUUUUGUGUAGAGCACCACACCUACCAUAUAAAGAACUACAUUAUUAAUAAGGAUAUUCUCCGGAGAGUGCUAGUUCUUAUGGCCUCAAAGCAUGCUUUUUUGGCGUUAUGUGCCCUUCGUUUUAAGAGAAAGAUUAUUGGAUUAAAAGAUGAGUUUUACAACCGCUACAUAAUGAAAAGUUUUUUGUUUGAGCCAGUAGUCAAAGCGUUUCUCAACAAUGGAUCCCGCUACAAUCUGAUGAACUCUGCCAUAAUAGAGAUGUUUGAAUUUAUCAGAGUGGAAGAUAUAAAAUCACUAACUGCUCAUGUAAUUGAAAAUUACUGGAAAGCACUGGAAGAUGUAGAUUAUGUACAGACAUUUAAAGGAUUAAAACUGAGAUUUGAACAACAAAGAGAAAGGCAAGAUAAUCCUAAACUUGACAGUAUGCGUUCCAUUUUGAGGAAUCAUAGAUACCGAAGAGAUGCCAGAACACUAGAAGAUGAAGAAGAGAUGUGGUUUAACACAGAUGAAGAUGACAUGGAAGAUGGAGAAGCUGUAGUAUCUCCAUCUGACAAAAAUAAAAAUGAUGAUGAUAUUAUGGAUCCAAUAAGUAAAUUCAUGGAAAGGAAGAAAUUAAAAGAAAGUGAAGAAAAGGAGGUGCUUCUGAAAACAAAUCUUUCUGGACGGCAGAGCCCAAGUUUCAAGCUUUCCUUGUCCAGUGGAACAAAGACUAACCUCACCAGCCAGUCAUCUGCAACAAAUCUGCCUGGUUCUCCAGGAUCACCUGGAUCCCCAGGAUCUCCAGGCUCUCCUGGAUCCGUCCCUAAAAAUACAUCUCAGACGGCAGCUAUUACUACAAAGGGAGGCCUCGUGGGUCUGGUAGAUUAUCCUGAUGAUGAUGAUGAUGAUGAUGAGGAUGAAGAAAAGGAAGAUGCGCUACCAUUGUCAAAGAAAGCAAAAUUUGAUUCAUAAUAAUAGCAACUGCCUAUGAUCAGUACCUGUUGAAAAAAACUGGUUCUCUACUCCUCCCCCUUACAAAAUCCACAACAAAGUGCAGUGGUCUCUUGUGAAUGACUGACACAAAUCAGCCUUGCACACUUGACUUCUGCUCAUCAAGUGCCAAUUGAAUGGAGCAGGAGGAGGGGAUAUCAUACAUUUAGGGGAAAGACUUAAGCCUUUGAGCUCUCCAGCUUGGACCACACAUUGCCCUUUUCUCAGGGAAGGAAAUGGAAACAAAAAGCCAACAGGGCAGGGGUUUUGUAAGUGGAACUCUGGAUUGACUGGUCAGUUGCUACAAUCAGAAUAUGCUUUCUUGGACCAUAUUUGAGACUCAGAAGAAUGGGCCUUUCUGCCAUAACUCUUCACUAGUUAAGAAUGCCAGCAGUUUCUUUGUAUAAAGAGACCUGCCUUUAAAAUCAUACAUUCUGAACAUUUUAGUCAAACUACAACAGGUUUGGGAAAACCUCUGUGGGGGAGGGGCGAAUAUAAAGUUUCCUCUUUUUUAUCUGUUCCCUUUGCCCUUCAAACUGCAGUUUUUUUUUUUUUUUUUAAAGUGGGGAUUUGUCCCUGCUUGAUUAAAGAUUGAGUGGAAUUCUAGAUGUGGUCAAUUGUGUCAUAAUUUUUUUUUUUGUUUCAUUUUGUUUUUAAUUUUUUUUCCUCCCCUGAGUGUAUGCUUAGUUGCUGAGUAUAUAUAUUUGGGACCAUUAAAACUUUUUUUGAUGUAACUAUAACCUAACGUUGUGCUGGUACCUGUUUUACCAUGUGUAAUUUUUGUUUUGCAUCACAGUUCUUAAUUUGUUUAGAGUUUUAUGAAAGAUGGUAUAGUUUUUAUUGACAAAAGCAAAGUAAUCUUACAACUAUGUGCAUACAAAAGCAAUACUAUUUUGUGACUAAAUAUUUUAUAUUAAAAUUUACAUCAGCAACUGUCUUGAGAAUUCAGGGAAAUAGAGUGGAAUUUAAAACUUCAACAGUUUUGUUAAACCUAGAAACAUGAAAUUAGUAUUCCAAAGAGAUUCUGAAAUUUCAUAUCUUGGGAAAAUGACGGUACAUUAAAUCAAAAUUGAGGAUGGAUGAUUUAAAAAUAACAUUUGACUUUUGAAUAAUAAAAAGAAAAGUGAAGAGUAA